CGUCACUAAUCUCAAAGUGGGCCACACUCAGCGAUAGCAACAACAACAGGCGGCGAGGCGAAUUCCAAUAUCAGCUUCCUCGACGCCUCCCCCCUCCCACGCCUCUCUAGACCAUGUGACUAGCCAUUAGGAUGCGGCAUGCCACUCCGCUUCACUCUCACGAGCGCGGCCUUGACCGCCCAGUUGCCCGCGCCAACAGCAGUAUGGAGCUGCCAUCGCUUCUUCCACGCCUCCCCGCGCGCCCUCCGCCUUGAGACCAACGCCGGCAGCAGCGCCAACCACUAUGAAACCCUCAACGUCCACCCGACCGCCUCCCCAGCCGAGAUCAAAAAAUCCUUCUACCACCUCUCCAAACGCCACCACCCCGACCACAACCCGUCGGACCCUCACGCACCCACCCGCUUCAUGCGCAUAAGCGAAGCCUACGCGGUCCUCAGCCACGCGGACAAGCGCGCCCGCUACGACCGGCACCACGGCCACCACCACCACCCCCACCAAAACCGCCCCCCCGCGGCGGGGGCGUCCUACCACAGCACGGGCCCGGCCGGCGGGCGCCCGGCGUCCGGCCUGGGCCGCCGCCGCGGCACCUACCAGGGCCCGCCGCCCAGCUUCUACCGCAGCGGCGGGUGGGGCGCGCACGGCGCCAAGCGGCGCGCGGCGCACGAGGAGAGCACCGGGGGCGCGGGGUCCGGGUUUGGCACCGAUGCGCAUCCGCACCGGUAUUCCGGAGCCGGGGCCGGUUCGGGGGCUGGGACUGGGACAGGGCCGGGGACGGGGGGCGGGUCGGGGGUCGGAGCGGGGCCACCGCCGCCGCCGCCGCCGCCGCCUCCACCGGGUGGUAGUAGUGGUGGUGGUGGUGGUGGCGGAUUCGGGUUUGGUGGGACGGGCGGGAUGGGCCCGGGGCAGGACCCGUACGGGCACCGGGACGACGUGCCGCACUUUGACCACGAGGCGCACGAGCGGGCGCAGCGGCGCGGGGACGAGCGGCGGGCGCACCGGCGGGCGGCGCGGCAGGGGGUGAAUAUCGACCAGCCCGAGUCGGCGACGACGGUGAGCUUCCUCGGGGCGGCGGCGAUCCUGGCGAUCGUGGUGUCGGGGCCGUUUCUGAUCUCGGGGGUGAGGGAUUGGAUGACUGCGGGUGGGAGUGGGAAUAGCUCGUCGAAAGGCGGAGAGAAGGAGAAGGCGAAGGGGAAUAAUAGCAAGGACAAUUUGAAAUGCAAGGAAGGUGGGGGGAGGUGAUGUAUCGAUAUUACACCGAGUUGUACAACCACCAUGCAUGCAUUUACAAGAUCACCCACUUACGCCGCGGAG